AUAAAUAUAACCUCAAAGUGAUAUUUGUUUACAUAUAAGACGUUUGUUGUGAUAAUUAAUUAAUUUAUUAUAUUUUAUUGACAAUUGUAUAAAAUAAAAACAAGUUUAAAAAUGUCGAAGACUAAAAAAUUAUGUCAACAUGAUUUACGAAAAGCUAUGAAUGAUCACAAGAAAAAAAUAGGGGCUGUGAAAAAAAUAGAAUCACCAUUAGCAAAGUAUACAGAAUCAGGACAACUGAUGUGCGUGAUAUGCAAGUCAGUAGUGCGGAAUGAAACUGUUUGGGUUGUCCAUUUAAACUCUAAAACCCACAAGGAAAAUGUAGCACUUGCUAAGAAAGCUUUAGAAGUAAAAGAAACUCCCAAAAAAGUUGAUGUCAGUUCAUUUAAACGGCCGCCUUCACCCACUCGAUCAGAAGGACCAAACAAAAAAGUAAAAGGAAUUUUAAAAAAUGCUGGUCCUGUCAAAACUACACCAGCAUUGCCCGCAGACUUCUUUGAUCCUCCAGCUGGUAAUGGAACUGCUGCUGCGGAGGUCAAAAACUCUGAAAAAGCAGCAGUGAAUAUCAGCAAUGAACAGUCGGUCGAAUCUGCCCCGGUCGAGGCUGAACAAGUCCAAGAAGCGGAGUCCAGUAACUCGGCGGCGCUUCCUGAAGGAUUUUUCGACGAUCCUGUUUUAGAUGCUAAAGUACGAAAUGUCGAGUACAAAGAUCCUGUUGAAGAAGAGUGGGACAGAUAUCUGAAGGAAAUAAAAGAAGAAACCGCACAAUCUGCCCAAAUUAUUGCCGAAGACCACGAGGAAGCGACGACCGAACGGCAAAUAAAUGAAAUUGACGAGCAGCUCAAUAAUCUCGCCAGGGUAAUAAACUUGAUGAAGUGCAAAGAUCAAAUCAAUGUCCCCCAGAAGAAAGUAGAAGAGGUAGAAGAAAUGUCUAGUGAUGACGACAGCGACUUUGAUGAAUUUUUCGACUGGCGAGCUAAGAAGUCUUAUAAAUAAACCAAACAAUUUAAAUGUCAAUUAUUAUUUAUAAUUAAAUAAAUUUUUUUAUUUUAUAAAA